UCGAUGAUUGAGAUAUCUGGCAACGCCGCGUAGUAUAUUAGAACGGCCAAGGCGCGGUCACAUUGGCGAAAAUUAUAAAAAUUAAUUAAAUUAACUUAAACGACCUAAAAAGCGAACUCAACGAGAGCUUUGAACGGCCACCGUUGGCGACAUGGAAGCGGAGCACCUGAAACGACUAGAGGCCAAGGAGGCGGACCACAUUCCCGCCAUCCUGGACGAAUUCAACACGAAGAAUGCGGAUCUGCUGGUCUUCGACAGUUUCCGCACGGACAACCUGUGGCACGAACUCUGGCUGGCCAUCUUUGGCAUAUUAGACGACCAGCGGUUUAGUCAUCUGCAUACGCAGUGCCUGAACACGGUGAGGAUUCUAACGCGUGACGAGUUCAGCCUGCAGACAAACUACAUCGAACAGGAGGUUAACACCCUGCUGAAACUGGCUAGGAUUGAAGUCGGCUCACUGAAGCUGCCAGCCACACCGGACGAGCUUAAACAGCAGGAAAGCAAGGAGCCCCAGCUGGAGCCCAGCCAGGCCCAAUCGGAAGUGAUUGCCGAAGCACUCAAGUGCCUUUGCAACCUGGUCUACCAGAGCUCUGACUGCAGACGCCAGUGCCUGCGGCAACACUGCCUGGAUGCAAUCCUGAAGAGGGUGGCGUCCUCAAUGCGACAUCCCUGUGCGUUGGAGUACUAUGACAUGAAGCUCCUCUUCCUGCUUACUGCAUUGGAGCCGGCGGCGCGCUCUCGCCUCCAAAUCGAUCUGAAUGGCCUCACCUACAUGACCAAGUGGCUGGACGACAAGCUGGUCGAAGAGUCCGUUGGCGAGGAGCAGCUGAACAUCAUCUGCGAACUGCUCAAGGUGAUGUUCAACGUGACCAGUGCUCCGGACAAGAGUCCCAACGAAUACGAAAUUCAAAGCUUGCAUUUGACGGGAGUGCUGAGGGAGCUGCUCCUGCGUUUCGGCGACUUGGCCACUGAAAAAGAUCGCGCCGUCGUCACACACGCCAUCAAUCUGCUGACAAACAUCUCCGGCAGUUGCCUGACAGAACUCACCCUGCGCUGCUCCAAUGCCGAGUUGGAGUCGCACAAGGAAAGAGAGCAGGACAACGAGAAGGAAAAAGAUACAGAAGAUGGAGCGGGAGCCAAACCCCGUGAGUGCUGCUCCCAGUGCUUCGAAAAGCGCAAUGUUCGGAGUCUGGACGUGCUGCUCCGCUACUUACGGCAAUCUCUGGCCCAACAGGAGGCCGAGGCUAGCUCGCAUGAGUUGCUUUCCCCAGUGCUGACCGUGCUGGUGAAAUGUGCGCGCAGCGAUCGAGUUAUGCGUCACUAUCUGCGCCAGGAGAUUCUGCCGCCGCUGAGGGACGUUAGUCAACGACCUGAGGUUGGUCAGGAGCUGCGCAAUCAUCUGUGCCGGUUCCUUACACUGCCCGCGAUGAUCCUGCGAGAUUUGUCCGCCGAGCUGCUGUUCGUACUGUGCAAAGAAAAUGUCGGCAGGAUGAUCAAAUAUACGGGCUAUGGCAACGCUGCCGGGCUCUUUGCCAAGCGGGGCAUACUCGACUGCCGGCGAGUGGAGGGCACCGACUACUCCUCCGACAGCGAGGACAGCGACACCGAGGAGUACAAGCAGCAGCAGCAGGGCAUCAAUCCAGUCCUUGGCUGCGUGGAGCCGCGCAGCAAGUCGCAUCUAGACGACAUAAGCGAAGAGCAGAAGGAAUACGAGGCUAUGCAGCUGGUUAAUCUCAUCGAACAGCUGCGUCAGGGCGGGAUCGUAAAGCCGGCGAUGAUCGACAAGGACGGGCGCCCGCAGCCGCUGGAACACAUCCUUCAGCUGCAGGAGGAGCUGCCGCAGCAGCAGCUCGACCAGAAGCGGAAAACCUAAGCCACAAAUGUAUUGCGGGAUCUGCUAUGGCACAACUUCCAAAUAGCUACCAAAAAAUCACCCUAAACUCUGCAUUUAUUCCAUAAGUUUACUGUCGAAUGUAGCUUCGAAUGUGUUCAAAAAGCAGAUUGGCUUAGGAUUGUUUUUUUACAUAAUUUAUAUAUUUUAUACCACAUAUUCGAGAACAUCUCAUUAUAUCCUACAACUUGUUAACCAAAAACGAUUUAAUCUGGCUUUGAUUUCAGUGAUCAGCUUUUGUCUAAAUGCCAUUUUUAUUAGUGUUAGCUUAAAUAAUUAUAAUCGAUCCAAUUAGCUUCAAUUCGUAGAUAAGUUCGGUCUCCCAACUUUUACAGAAUUUCUUUAACCAUGAGUAGGUCAUUUUUCUUAUUAAGUUAUUAUGCACUUCCUUGUUGUUUUGUUGUCCCGCGAAUUGUUCUCACUUUUAGAGUUGAUACCAUGGCAUACCAUAACGUACGGCUUGAACAAAUAACUAAAUGCAAAACAAUCGUUGGGGUCUUCCAAUUUCAGGAAGUACGGAGCAGAUGAACACAGGCGAACGUAAACCAAAUCUGAAUUCUUUUAUAUACACGCCAACAUUAUAAACUAGGACGACUUUUCAUUUUAAUAGUUAAGUGCAUGUAUGUAUUUAUAAAAUUCCAAUUAUACACUUAGAAUCUAGGAAUGAACUCAAAUGAAGGCUCUUAUUCCGAUUUCCAGUUUUCUAUUACAAAUAAUGUUGCAUGUGUGUAACACUAACUAUAGCUCUAGAAUCUAACUAAACGAACUACAAAGUCUAUCUAUGACAGACGCCAGUGAGGAGCACUUGAGGAGUCUUCAAGUUUUGGAUGUCGACACGACCAUGCCCCACCCACCCAUCCUCACAUUGUCAUGUCCAUGUCUAAUCUAUGUUGUAAAUUCCGCAUAAUAGGGUAAAGGAAUAAUUCCAAAACUUUCUAAAAGUUACCUGUCUUUGAUCUAUAUACAAGAAAUCCUAUAUAGAGCUUUAUUGUGUUCAAUUUGCUAUAGCGAUGAUACUAGUAGAUCAACUUAUAUGCAUCAAACCAUAGUAAUAUUUUGUGUCGUGGAUGUGUGUGCGAGUCUAUAUGUUCGGCUAUCCUAAGCUUAACAAUAAAAUAAAUCAAUCAAGGUCUUGCUAAACCAACCAA